AUGCCUCCAACCCGCUCCACGAGAUCAACAAGGGCCGGAACUUCUCGACUGACACAACCUACCAGCACAUCCGCCAGCAUCAACAGGCAAACUUCCGAUCCUCAUCACUUGCGCAUCACCGUCAAAGCUCCCCCAAGUAAGCUACGCCAGGCCAUCUCGGGCGAUGACAAUGAGUCCGACUAUCCCGAUGCCGACGACUCUCCUGAACCUCCUGUGAGGACCGCUCGCUCGACUCGCAACCCGCGCACUGUCCUCGAUAAUGAAUCCGACGAUGACCAAGAAGAAGAUGAUGAUGAAGACGAGGAUGAGGACGCUGAAGGAGAGGACGACGACGUCGACAACACAGAGAUGGUGGACGCUGAGGGUAGCGAUGAUGACGCCGACGCCGAUGCUGACGAUAUGGAUAUGGAUUCUCCACAUCCAGCAGCUCCUGUCAUUCGUGUUUUGCCAGCAGUUUCCACUGCAACCUCAAAAUCAAAGGCCAAUGUCGCCGUCUCUGCACCUCCACACAAAGGCAACCUCAAGAGCGUCGAAGCCAAGGAGUUAGACGAUGAUGAUGAAGACGAUGACGAUGAGUUGUCUGACCUACAAUCUGGAGACGAGGAUCUACCUGGGGCAGAAGAUGACGACGAAGAGCUUGAUAGCGACCUCGACGGCGAGGAGGGUGAUGUGACCUUGGAUAUGACCAAGUUGACUCGCCGCCAGCGUGCCGUCUACGAUGAAGAGCAGGACGAAAGUCUGAUGGCUCUGUCCAAUGAAGCACAGAAAAAGAAGCAUCUCACUGCCGAGGAACACGCCAUGCGCAGAGCUGAAAUGGCGAGACGAAGGAAGAAUCUAUCUGAGAAGCGCAAUGAAGAGGAAAAGAUGGAUACCAUCAACAAGCUGCUCAAGAAACCUGCUCCCAAGCGUCGAACGCGCGCUGAAAUUAUUGCUGCUCAGAACGCUGCGGAGGCAACUCCAGCAUAUACUGAGGACGGGGAGGAAUACUUCCAUCCUGCAAGCUCUCUCUUCGUUCGCUACGUCAACAAUAAAGACGGAAGCCGGAUAGGUGUGCCGUCAGAAUGGCUGGAAGAAGGUCAACCUGUAGGACAAGUCUUGAGGAAUGGAUGGAAAGCACCGUCUAAGAUGGUUGAAGAGGUAUCUUGA